ACAGCCAACAUGGAACAUGCAGCAUCCACUACCACAGACGCGGCCAACAUGAAACAUGCAGCAUCCACUACCACAGACACAGCCAACAUGAAACAUGCAGCAUCCAAAACCACAGACACAGCCAACAUGAAACAUGCAGCAUCCACAACCACAGACACAGCCAACAUGAAACGCAGCAUCAAAAACCACAGGCUCAGCCAACAUGAAACAUGCAGCAUCCACAACCACAGACACAGCCAACAUGAAACAUGCAGCAUCCAAAACCACCAACCAACAUCUCUAAAGCAGGAUCUUGUGUGCUAGAAACAUAUUUAGUACACCGAAAAUUACAGUGAUAGUAAUAUUACCAGUUCAUACAUGUUUUAUAAAUAUGUAAAUGUAAACAUCUUAAAGGGGGAAAAUGAUAUAAUUUACAUAUAUGUAAUAUUAAUUUCAUUUUUUUACUUUAUGUAAUAUUUGACUUCUUUAAUAUUUGAUAUUGACCCCAGUGUGGGAGUGUAAUGAUGCAGCCUGUGUAUGAGACCCUGAUCACCCCCCCCACCCCCUCCCAGGUGACACGCCUGCAGUACCUCAACGCCGUGAUGGCUUCCCGUGUGGCUCAGAGCCCUGACCCCCCCGAAAUUAAAGUCCUGCCCAACAGCCAGACCAAGCUGCUAAAUGAGAGGAACACCAACCCAGGUGCGAGCAAGAGCAUGGAGCCUGUGGCUGGAGGUGAAACUCACGGAUAGAGGGGGGAUUUGCAGUUUCAUUAUUAUUAUUAUUAUUAUUAUUAUUAUUAUUAUUAUUAUUAAUUUAACUCAUUUUUUGUAACUUUUGCCAUCUAGUUUAUGAGUAACUUUUAUCAAGAUGAUGUUUUUUUUUAAGAAUCAGAAUUUUCUUUUUAACAAAAUUAUUUUCUGGAUCAUUGUAACUGAGCCAGGACUGGGACUUAGAGACUGGUGCAGGCGAUGGCUUAAAUGCAUUGCUUAGCAGUGGGCGUGGCUACCCAGUGGAGGGGGAGGGGCUUAAGGCCACCCUUCUGCCACAUCUGUGUAAACCUUACAUACAUACAUAUAUACACAAAAUACAUGAGGGAGAGUGUGUGUGUGUGUGUGUGUUUGCUUUCUUUGUAUCAUAAUUCAGGCAGUAUAAAACAUGCGGUUUGCUUGUUCCUGCUUCUCAGACAUGACCUUUGUGUGCCACUUGCAUAGAAUGGAUUUGUUUUUUCACCCCAACAAAAAAAAGAUUUUUCAAAAUUACUUGUGCACAAAGCUGUCAGCUGACCCAUAAUGGAGGACAUGAAAGUACAAGUGAAUUUUCUUGUCUUGUCUUGUCACUUCUCAGAGAAGCGUAGCACCUCCACCACUUCACCACCAUCUGCACAAUUUGUAAUGCAGCUUUAGGUAAUGUGGCCAAUGUGUGUCUGCGUAUGUGUGUCUGUGUGCGUGUUUGUGUUCACACCCAGUCCUCUCAGCCAGGUGUGUGUGGUUUGUACUGGGUCUUUGUAGUGCUGUGCUAGAACAUGCACGUUUUGUCCGCCGGGCAGUGCCAAAGUCAUUCCUAAGAUAACAGGCCUCUGGGCCUUGUUUAUCCUGUGCAUGUGAGUGCAUGCGUGUCUGUCUAUCUACGAUCAGUGUUUGAUUCAGGGAGAACUGCUUGCAGUGUUGUCUGGAAAUUUGGAUUGCCACUCAGCCAUGCCCUCUCUGUGCCAGUGUGGAAAUGUGUCUGUCUGUCUGUCUGUGUAUCCGUCCAUUUGAGGAGAUGCACAAGAAGACUACGGUCAAAUGGCAGAUUUGCACAAAAAAAAUUUAUCCUGUGCACUAUAAUUGGUUUAAUUUUUAUUUUUUCGUUGUAUUGAUGAUACGGUACGUCCAGAUUGGCUACCCUCUAUUGCUGCUUGACCGGCUCUUUUGUCAGUUGCACACCAACGUGUACACACACACACACACAUUCACACAUAUACAAGAGCACACUUUUUUACCAAACUAUAUUAGCAGUGUUUGGUGCCUAACCGUAAUGAUGCAGAAGUACUGUGAACAGAAGCGUGCCACCACCAUCAAAGUGAAAGAAAAACAAAUUAUUUUUCAAAAGUUGUUUGCUUCUCAGCUAUUCUUUCUCUCUCCAUCUCUUUUUAUUCUGCAACUCUUUUUGUGUGCUGCAGACUAGAUCAGGCCAGUGUGUCUCCACAUUAGAAUAAAAAGAAAAACUGUAUUACACAAAUGUGUGCCAAUUGGACCAAGCUCACUCAGCUUGAGUUUGGCCAACAGGAUGGAGAAGACUGUCAUUCAGUGAUGCUUUUUGUUCCCAGCUCCCUUUUUUUCCACUCUUGUGAACCCAAUAGGUUUCAAUUUUAUUUUAAAUGAACAUUCCAGCUUACAUUAUUGUAUUUUGGUGUGCAAACCACAGACUGUGUGAGUGUGUGUGUGUGUGCGUGCGUGCCUGCGUGCAUACAUACAGAGAAGGAACAGGUUUCUAAACAGUUCUCGUCAGUCAGUAUUGAGUCUUAGAGAAUGCCUUCAGGAAAAUAUUUUACUAUUAAAAUGUGUGACUGCAUGUGCAGGUUAAGGACAUAUUCUGAAAAUUUGUAUUCUUCAUCAUUUUUUUAAAACUGGAGAGCCACAGAGACUUCUUUGGACUUAUUUGCUGUUUAAAACAGUUUUGUUCAGGAUACCAUUUUAAAACUGGCCCUUUUUCCUCAAGAUACUUAGAUUUAUUGACAAUAAUGACAAGUACUAACAGGAAUGAUUAACUUUGUGAUUCCACGUAAAUAUUUUUCAGCCGUUUAAAUAAAUUGUAUUGUUUGCCCUGCUGUAAAAGUGCAUUUAUAUUGUAACAAAAGAAUGAAUGUACACUGUAAAUGAAUAAUCCUUUAUUGUGCUACUAUUACUUAGUUGAAUAAAUGAUGGGGGUUGGAGGUGGUAGAGAUUACUGUAUAUUAAUAUAUAAAUAUACACACACUAUGUAUAAUAGAGAAUAUAUAUUGAAGAUGCUAAUAGAUGGUAGAUAAUACUUGUUUUUCAGGUACAAGAACAUAAUACUGUUACCAGGGAAAAAUCUAGGUCUAGGUCUUGUUUUCUACCCAUUUCUUCCUUUGUUUUAGAAUAUAUGUCUUUUGUUGUAGAUUUUUCUAGAAUUUUAGAAGUCCUGUGUGUAUAAACCAUUGCAUCAAAUUAUUUCAUGGUAAACUGAAUGGUAUUUCAUAGGGAAUAAACAAACUCAACGAACAUA